AUGAACAACCAAGGCGUGACUUAUGUGGAACUCCAUCAUGCCAAGGGCUCAAAAAGACAGCAAGUGCGACCUAAGGGCACCAAAAGUUCCAUUUCAGUAACUGAGGAGGAGAUAGCCUAUGCAGAAGUAAAUCUUCAAAAUGCUUCUCGGGCCCUUCAUGGGAAUGGCAAGAGCUCUCCCUGCAAAGGCAUCCCUUCUCAGCGUUUGCAUUUCUCUUCCUACUACUCACCAUCAUGUCCAGAGAAGCUCAUUGCCGGUAUCUUGGGAAUCCUCGGCCUCGUCUUGAUGUCCACUGUGGUAACAAUAGCUGUUAUUCCCUCUACUGAAGGACCAGAGCAGAACAAAACGUCCCUGGAAACAAAGAUCCAGAAAGAGUGGUUUACGUAUUCCAACAAUUGCUAUUACAUUAGCACUGAGAGAAAAUCAUGGAAGGAGAGUUUGAUGUCCUGUACUUCUAAGAAAUCUAACCUGCCCUACUAUGAUGAUGAAGAGGACAAGUUUUUGUUGAAUUUAUUCUCUGAUACUACAUGGAUUAGAGGCUCCGAUAGAAGCCAUAAUAGUUCAUCUGUGCAGCCAAAAGCCUUAACGUUUUCUUCUGAAGUGUUGUCAGUAUCUUCAGAGAGUGACAAGAAUUGUCCAUAUUUCGAUUUUCGUGCGAAAAAACCUUAUUUUGCACCCUGCUCAGUAAGAAGACCAUAUGUUUGUAAGCACCAGGCAUUUUAGUUACCUCAUUUUGGUAUAAUGUUAUUUCACCAUUUAUAAAGAACACGUCUCUCAUUAUUUCAAAACC